AUGUCUCAGACGCUCAAGCUGGCCACGAAGGCAUCCUUGCUCGCGAAGCUCUUUCCCGAGCUGUGGGCGGAAUCUGUCUUCGGGGCGCGAUCGCGGGUGAUUAAAACCCACAAGACUCUGAAGGAGAUGCCGGGACCCAGCGCCCUGAGCUUCCUCACCGACCUUUUCUGCAAACGAGGGCUGUCGCGACUGCAUGAACUUCAGAUUGAAGGCAAGAGUAAGUAUGGCCCACUUUGGAAGGCGAGCUUUGGGCCCAUCCUCACAGUCCAUGUUGCAGAUCCCAGUCUGAUUGAGCAGGUGCUAAGACAGGAAGGCAAGCACCCCAUUCGCUCAGACCUCUCCUCCUGGAAAGAUUAUCGGGUGUGCCGAGGCCACGGGUACGGGCUGCUUACAGCGGAAGGCGAAGAGUGGCAGCAAAUCCGCAGCAUCCUAGGAAAACACAUGCUGAAGCCCAAGGAGGUGGAAUCUUACACUGGCACUCUGAACGAAGUGGUCAGUGAUCUGAUCUGCCGCCUGCAGCACCAGAGAAAUCUCCAUGAGCAGCGUGUGGUCAAGAAUGUGGCGGAUGAAUUCUACAAGUUUGGAUUAGAAGGUAUUUCUUCAGUCCUCUUUGAAUCCCGCAUUGGCUGCCUGGAACCCAAAGUUCCUGAAGAAACAGAGAAAUUCAUUAGCUCCAUCAAUACCAUGUUUGUCAUGACCCUGCUCACCAUGGCAAUGCCCAAGUUUUUGCAUCAAAUAUUUCCUAAGCCAUGGCAGAAGUUCUGUGACUCUUGGGACUAUAUGUUUGAGUUUGCCAAAAGACACAUUGAUAAGCGGAUGGCUGAAGUUGCAGAAAGAAUCAUCCAAGGGGAGAAAGUUGAAGGAAAAUACCUGACUUACUAUCUGGCACAAGAAAAACUCUCCAUGAAAUCCAUCUAUGGAAACGUAACUGAGCUUCUGCUGGCUGGUGUGGACACGAUCUCAAGCACCUUGUCCUGGAGUCUGUAUGAGUUGUCCCGUCACCCUCAGAUACAGGCAGCCCUCCAUAAGGAAAUUACCACUGUGAUGCAGGACAGCCUCAUUCCAACAGCAGCUGAUGUAGCUCAGAUGCCUCUGCUGAAGGCGGUGGUGAAGGAGGUCCUGAGGUUGUACCCAGUGAUUCCUGGCAAUGCUCGUGUUGUCUCAGACAGGGACAUCCAAGUGGGAGACUACAUCAUCCCUAAGAAGACCCUGAUAACCCUCUGCCAUUUUGCUACCUCUCGAGAUGAGAAGUACUUCUCCGACCCCAACUCAUUCCAGCCUGAACGAUGGCUGAGAAAGGAUGGUUCACACCACCCCUAUGCCUCCAUUCCCUUCGGCUUCGGCAAGCGCAGCUGCAUUGGCCGACGCAUCGCAGAGCUUGAAGUGUAUCUCGCGCUGGCCAGGAUCCUGAUGCAUUUUGAAGUGAAACCCGAACAGGAGGGACAAACAGUAAGCCCCAUGACCCGGACCCUACUUGUGCCAGAGAAGGAGAUCAAUUUGCAGUUUCUGAAUCGUUAA